AGGUUUCUAUUAAAUAGUGUCUCUAAAAACACAGUCUCGACCUCCAGUUCUUCAUAGCGAGUACCUGUAUUUCUGUUCAUUACAGGGGAAUAUUCAGAGACUGUGUCCUAUAAUCUGUGAUCGGGAACCAUAAGUACAAGAGUGAGGCAAAGUCUCUCCAAAUGGAUAAGAAGCUGGAUAUCUUCAGGAGGGAGUUAGUGGAUGUUCAAGGUGUCCCUCUCUUCUGGAGCAUUGCUGAGCAGUGGUCCCAAGUGGAGUCCUUUGAGGCCCGACCUGACGAUCUUUUGAUCUCCACCUAUCCCAAAUCUGGGACAACCUGGAUCAGCGAAAUACUGGAUUUGAUCUAUAACAACGGGGAUGCAGAGAAGUGUAAACGGGAUGCAAUCUAUAAACGAGUGCCUUUCAUGGAGCUUAUAAUUCCUGGAUUGUCAAAUGGUAUUGAACUGUUGGAAAGCAUGCCAUCUCCUCGGCUGGUGAAAACUCAUCUACCUGUUCAACUUCUUCCUUCCUCAUUUUGGAAAAAUGACUGCAAGAUGGUCUAUGUGGCACGGAAUGCCAAAGAUGUGGCUGUUUCUUACUAUUAUUUCUACCAAAUGGCAAAAAUGCACCCAGAGCCUGGCACCUGGGAGGAGUUCCUUGAUAAAUUCAUGGCUGGGGAAGUGGGUUUUGGUUCCUGGUAUGAUCAUGUGAAGGGCUGGUGGGAGAAAAGAAAAGAUUACCGUAUCCUCUAUCUGUUUUAUGAAGAUAUGAAAGAAGAUCCAAUGUGUGAGAUUAAAAAAUUAUUAAAGUUUCUAGAGAAAGACCUACCAGAAGAAAUUGUAAAUAAAAUCCUCUAUCAUAGCUCUUUUGAUGUAAUGAAGGAGAAUCCUAGUGCAAAUUACAGCACUAUGAAGAAAGAAGAGAUGGACCAUUCUGUGUCUCCAUUCAUGAGAAAAGGCAUUUCAGGUGACUGGAAGAAUCAGUUCACUGUAGCCCAGUAUGAGAAAUUUGAAGAAGAUUAUGUCAAGAAAAUGGCAGAGUCAACACUCAAGUUUAGAUCAGAGAUCUAGGGAGUAUUUGCUUCUUAAUCUCCUUUGGCUGGCACUAAAAUUAGAAAGAAAAAAAGCACAUUCAUGAAUUAUUGAAAUAAAACGUAAUAUAUGAUUUUUCUAUAUUUACAAAGAUUCAUGGUCUAUAGACCAAACUUACUAAUAUCAAGGAAUAAUCUCCUAGUUCUCUUCCUUACAGAUAGGUUCCUGACUCUCUGUACAUGGUCUUCUUUCUCUUGUGACAUAGGUUUCUAAAUGAUGUUGUUUGUCUCCAUGGUUAGGUACCCCCUAGACAAAGGCUACAUUUCAUAAACUUUAAUUAUUCAAUUUAAUCUGUUGUUACUUUAGAUAUUGAGACAUCAUGUCUUUAACAUUGCCAAGUUAUUCAAAUUUAUAAUGUGAGAAUAUCCUAUUUCCACUUAUGGUUAGUUUAGAAAUAUUACAUUUAAAUGAACAAAUCAAUAGCACAUAUUUUAUAGGAGUAAAAGCAAGGAAAAUUAGAGAGCUAUUUAUUUUUAUUCUUUAUGUCAUAUACUGAAGCUAUUGUGAAAUUUAUUGCAGGCAAUAUUGAGGUGUGUUUAAAAACUUCAAAUGGCUUUUCUAUCAUCUACAGUUUGUCUGAUUAGCAUCACUUCUGAGAUGAAAACUCUGUACAGUUAAUUACUUUCAGUAAUCUUCCUUCUUCUCGACUGGCUUUUGCAUCACAUUAGGGUCACUUUGCUAUCGCCCCUUCUGAAAUUAAUCAUUCCUAAGUGAGAUAAAUAUUCAUUUUUGAACUAUUAAGAGACAUGAAUUUAAGAUACUUUAGAUUUGUCUCCAGGAACUAAUGUUUAGUGAAAAGGGGAAACUGAAAUAUAGAUGAAUAAAUUACUGUAUGAUUCCAUUCAAUACAUAAUACUCUUGACAUAAGAAAAUUGAUGAGAUGUCCCUUGCUGGGCUGGGUGUGGCAGGAGGACGUGAGCAAGUAUGCAGAGGAGAGAUGGGAGAGAAAGAAGCAGGCAAAUAUGUCGUGAGAGAUGGGAGAGAAAAAGAAGUUCAGUGCACCGUGAAGAGAGGUGGAACUAGAGGUGCUACAGAGGUGAGAACCACCCUGAUAUGAGAGCCCUGCAUAGGCACAUGAAACUAUGGUGAUGACUGGGCCUCUACCGUGGCCCAGGGCUGUGUCUGGGUCUGUGGUCCUGAUGCAUCCGGGUCUGUGUUGAUGUUGGUGGCCUCUACUGCCACUGAAGACUAUGAGGUUGUCUGGGGUCUGUAUUGCAGCCACCCUGAGUUGGCUCUAUUCUCCAACAGCCACCACCUCGUGGUACCACUGUUGACAUUGCCUUGGUAGAAUUGGCUCCGACAGCAUGGGUGCAGGAGAGUCGGACCUACCCUUUGCAGGGGCAACAUGGGAGAGCUGGCCCCACCCAGUGCAACUGAUGUACUCAGGAGUGGGUCCGACUCCUUUCCCCGACAGAGCAAGAGAAUUGGCCCUAGUGGCAUGAGAGCUGGAGAGCAGGACCUGAUGGUGUGGUCAAGGGAGAGCUGGCCUCACCUCUAGCCUGCUCCUGCCACGAGGGAGAGCUGGUCCUUCUCCUUGCUGGCUGAUGCAGAUGGGAGAGCUGGCCCCAUCCCUUGCCCAGGGGGUGAGGGAAAGCUGGCCCCAGAGGCAUGGACUUGGGAGAGUGGGAGAUCUUGUCGUGCCCCUCAUCUAGCCAGAGGUGGAGCCAGCUAUGGUGGUGUGGACAUGGGAAAGCUGGCAGACUGACCAACUCAACUAUCAUCCAGACCCUGAUCCAAAACUUUGAGUUGGCCCACGCCAACAUCUUCUCCAUAUAGGAGCUGCUGGAAGGCAUGAAGGGGCUGGCCCUGCAUAUCCAUAGCUGCAGGAUCCCCCAUGACUCAGAGCAACAGCAGGCUAUCUGAGAGUCUCUAUGAGGGUACAUAUUGACAUUGCAGCAGAAGUCAGAGUCCUUUAACUAACCUAAUGACUCAUUGUAAUAAAUAUUUGCAAGUAAAGCUGUUUGGGCUGAUUAGGCAAAAGGGCGUACUGAAUGACACACCACAACCUCCAGUGCCACUAUGAUGCACAGAUAGGUGAAGGAUAUGUGGGAAAGAUAGAGGAGUGGAAUGGUACAUGCACAGAACCCUGGGGUUAAUAGAGUAUCAGUCGUUGCCCAAAGGGGUUGACGAGAUCUUUUGUUAUUGUUAUUUGUUUGUUUGUUUUUGUUUUUGUUUUUAACGUGUUGGGG